CCGACAAAGCGUGUGACUAGGCAAAGCGGCAAGCAACCAUCAUCACCAUGGGCGACGUCAACAUCUCGUCCUUGCUCCAUGCGGGCUACGCGCACCCGACGUCGCGCGCCUGGCAGUCGCAAUCGCGCAACUUGACAAAGUCCAUGUUCAUGUACCCCAUCUUCAUCUGCGAUGAGCCGGACGCUGCUAAGGAACUCUCGAGCAUGCCCGGCCAGAAGCGGUGGGGUGUCAAUCAGCUCGAGGGCUUCCUCGGCCCGCUCGUCAAAAAGGGCUUGGGAAGCGUCAUUCUCUUCGGUGUUCCGGAGAAGAAGCCAAAGGACCCUGUCGGCACGCUCGCAGAUGAUCCGGAAGGACCCGUGAUUCAGGCGAUCAAGACGAUCAAGAAGCACUUUCCCGAGCUCUACGUGGCCUGUGACGUGUGUCUAUGCGAGUACACGUCGCAUGGCCACUGCGGCAUCUUGCACCAGGACGGUACUAUCAACAACACGCCCUCGGUGCAUCGCCUUGCCCAGGUGGCCGUCAACUACGCCAGGGCGGGCGCCGACUGCGUAGCGCCGAGCGACAUGAUGGACGGCCGAGUCAGGGCCAUCAAGCAGGCCCUUGCCGACGCGGGCCUGGGAGGACGGGCGACGCUGAUGGCCUACAGUGCCAAGUUUGCCAGUGGCCUCUACGGCCCCUUCAGAGAUGCUGUCGACAGUGCACCGUCGUUUGGCGAUCGGAAAUGCUACCAGCUGCCUCCCACUGCACGGGGUCUCGCCCGUCGCGCGAUCCAGCGCGACGCCAACGAGGGCGCCGAUAUUGUCAUGGUCAAGCCCACGCUGCCGUACCUCGACAUUGUCGCAGACGCCCGCCAGCUCGUGCCGGACCACCCGCUGGCAUGCUACCAGGUCUCGGGCGAAUUUGCCAUGAUCCACGCCGGCGCCAGGGCCGGCGUGUACGAGCUAAGGCGCAUGGCUGAAGAGAGCGUGCAGAGCAUGGUCAGGGCCGGCGCUACGCUCAUUCUCUCGUACUUUACGCCGGACUUCUUGGACUGGCUCGACGAGCCUCAGUGAUGAGAUUGCAAAGGAGGGCAAUCUCCUCCCCUCUUCAUCAAUUGAA